AUGGCAUUCUCACCCUUGAGACCGAAAGCCCUUCACCAUGGCCGUUCUCUCAGCUUACCUUCUAAAUUACAUCCUGCCAUGUCCCAAUUCAAUGAAAACUUGGCCACAAUGAAAGCUGCUGAGCCCACCUCUUCUUCACUCUCAUCAAUGGUGACCAUACUACAUGGUCUUAGAAACUUAUACUGCGACCUUCCUGAUUUACUUUUGUUGCCCAGCAUUCAACAAAUCAUUUCACAAGAAUGCCAGGAGAAGUGGAUUGAACAAGUACUGGAUGGUCAUAUUAGGAUCUUGGAUGCUUGCAGCACAGCUAAAGACCUCUUCUCACACACGAAGCAUGAUGUACAGGCACUUCUUUCAGCCCUGAGGAGAAGGGAUUUUCAUGGCAUCCAGAGCUAUCAGACCUCAAGGAGGAGGUCAAAGAAGAUGACCCAGAAGUCCUUGAAAAAUCUCAGGAGUUUCAGAAGCGGAAAUGGUGUCCAAUGUUUGGACAAAGACCAAGAAACAAUCUCUCUCGUGUAUAUGCUAAAAGAAUCAGAAUCAGUUACUUUUGCCAUGCUUGAAUUUUUGUUGUCCUAUGUGAUCGGGACUAAGGAGCAAGCAAGGCAGAGUGGUUGGUCAUUGGUAUCAAAGCUAGUGCUCUCAAAGAAAGUACUGCAUCAAGUUGAAGAAACUGAUAUCAACGAGUUCAAGAAGGUGGAUUCGUUCUUGCAACUGACCCAAGAAGAUGAUACAAAGGUUGAGGAGCUUAUGAAUCACCUAAAAGAGAUGGACUCGAGCAUUCAAACUCUUGAAGAAGAGCUGGAAUGCUUGUUCAGGCAGUUAAUCAAAACACGAGUUUUCCUCCUCAACAUCCUCAACCACUAG